AUGCAGGAGGAGCAGCUCCACCAGUGCUCCCAGUGUGGAAAAAGAUUUAGCAAGCACACCAAUCUGGUGAGACACAAGAGGACUCACACUAGGGAGAAACGCUUUGAAUGUCCUGUUUGUGGGAAAAGUUUCAGUCAGAAUUCCAACCUGGUAAAGCACCAGUGGACUCACACGGGAGAUAAACCAUAUCAAUGUUUGGAUUGUGGAAAAAGUUUCAGUCAGAAUUGCCAUCUUGACAUACACAGGAGAACUCACACGGGAGAUAAACCAUAUCAAUGUUUGGAUUGUGGGAAAAGUUUCAGUCAGAGUUCCCAUCUCGUCAUACACAUGAGGACUCACAAUGGGGAGAAACUCUUUGAAUGUCCUUUUUGUGGGAAAAGUCUCAGUCAGAAUUCCAGCCUGAUAAAGCACCAGAGGACUCACACAGGAGAGAAAUCAUAUGAAUGUCUGUAUUGUGGGAAAAGUUUCAGUCGGAAUUCAAAACUGGUGAGACACCAGAAAACUCACACAGGAGAGAAACCAUAUGAGUGUCUGCGUUGUGGAAAAAGAUUCAGUGAGAAUUCCAACCUGGUGAUACAUGAGAGAACUCAUACAGGAGAAAAACCGUUCAAGUGUCUGGAUUGUGGGGAAAGUUUCAGUCAAAAUUCCUACCUGGUGGGACACCAGAGGAUACACACAGGAGAAAACCCAUAUGAAUGUUCAGAUUGUGGGAAAAAAUUCUUUCGAAAUUCCAGCCUGGUUAGACAUCAGAGGACUCACGCAGGAGAGAAACCAUAUAAGUGUCCAGAUUGUGGGAAAAGUUUCAUUCGGAAUUCCUGCCUGGUUAGACACCAGGGGACUCACACAGGAGAGAAACCAUAUGAAUGUCUGUAUUGUGGGAAAAGUUUCAGGCUUAAUUCCUACCUGGUUAGACACCAGAAAACUCACACAGGAGAGAAACCAUAUGAGUGUCUGCAUUGUGGAAAAAGAUUCAGUGAGAAUUCCAAUCUGGUCUUACAUGAGAGAACUCACACAGGAGAAAAACCAUUCAAGUGUCUGGAUUGUGGGAAAAGUUUCAGUCAGAAUUCCUACCUGGUGGGACACCAGAGGAUACACAGAGGAGAAAAACUAUAUGAAUGUCCUGAUUGUGGGAAAAAUUUCAUUCGAAAUUCCCACCUGGUUAAUCAUCAGAGGACUCACACAGGAGAGAAACCAUAUAAGUGUCCAGAUUGUGGGAAAAGUUUCAUUCGGAAUGCCAACCUGAUUAGACAUCAGAGGACUCACACAGGAGAGAAACCAUUUGAGUGUCCAGAUUGUGGGAAAGGUUUCCGUCAGAGUUCCCACCUGGUUAAUCAUCAGAUGACUCACAAAGGAGAGAAACCGUAUGAGUGCCCAGAGUGUGGAAGAGGUUUCACUUGUAAUUCCUACCUGUUUAGACACCAGAAAACUCACACAGGAGAGAAACCAUAUGAAUGCCCAGAUUGUGGAAAGGGCUUCUCUCAGAAAUAUAACAUGGUGAAACAUCAGUCUACUCACAUAGAAGAGAAAUCAUAUAAAUGUCGUGAUUGUGGGAAAUGUUUCAGUCAGAAUUCCUACCUGGUAAUACACCAGAGGAAUCACACGGGAGAGAAACCGCAUGAGUGUAUAGAUUGUGGGAAAAAUUUCAGAUGGAAUGCUGAGCUGGUGAUACACCAGAGGACUCACACAGGAGAGAAGCCGUAUGAGUGUCCGGAUUGUGGGAAAGAUCUCAGUAGUAGGACCAGCCUUAUGAAUCAUGUAAGGACCCACACGGGCGAGAAGCCGUACAAGUGCUCAGAAUGUGGGAAAUGCUUCAGCACCAACUGCAACCUGAUGAAACACACCCGGGUGCACACGGGGGAGAAGCCAUACCGGUGUCCCGAGUGCGGCAGGAGCUUCAGCGACAAGGCCUCGCUCAUCGUGCACGAGAGGACCCACACAGGGGAGAAGCCCUACGAGUGCCCCAUGUGUGGCAAAAGCUUCACCUCAAGCUCCAACCUCAUCACCCACAAGCGGGUGCACACCGGGGAGAAGCCCUACAAGUGCUCUGAAUGUGGGCAGAGUUUUGUUCACCGGCCGCAGUUGGUCAUCCACAUUCGGACGCACACCGGAGAGAAGCCGUACGAGUGUCCCGAGUGCGGGAAAAGCUUCAACCAGAAGGCCGAUCUCAUCAUCCACAGGCGCAUCCACACCGGGGAGAAGCCCUACGAGUGUCCCGAGUGCGGGAAAAGCUUCAUCUCGAGCUCUUACCUUCGGAAGCACGAGCGGACCCACACGGGAGAGAAACCCUUCGAGUGUGCCGACUGCGGGAAGAGCUUCAGCACCAGCUCCAACUUGGUCAACCACAAGAGGGUCCACACGGGCGAGAAGCCGUACCAGUGCUCGGAUUGCGGGCAGAAAUUCAGCACGAACUCAAACCUGGUCAAUCACCGGCGGGUCCACACGGGAGAAAAGCCGUACAAGUGCUCCGACUGUGGGCAGGAUUUUGGUCAUAAAGCUUCUCUCCGGAGGCACAAGAGAAUUCACUCCAGAGAAGCCACCAGAGGCCUGCUUGGAACGGGGGCAAAAUGUUAA